ACAACAAGCGCCCAUCGCCAUCUUCUUCUCUGUUUCCGCCAUUUUCAUAAACGGAAGCUUUUUCUUCACUUAGUUCAGCGCGAUUGGCAAUGGCGAAAAAACAAUUGAAUUUAGAUAUGCCAUUGUUAUCAGUAAGGCGGUUACCUUCGAAGCUGUCAUCGUCAUCAUCAUCAGAUGAACGGAAAUCAUCUUCAAAUCCUCGGAGCAGUACAGGGCAAAGUUCUCUAUCGAAUUUGUACACACCUGAAAGUGAUUUAACGCAAUUUUCCAAACCAGCCGCAGUUCCAUUUCUAUGGGAGCAGAUUCCGGGAAGGCCUAAAGAAGAACCAUAUGCCAAAUCUGAAUGUCCUGUUGAGUCUUGGAGGUGUACGCCGCCAAGACUACCGCCGGGGAGAAUUAGAAGAUCGGGAGAAUUGUUCGAAGAAAGGAGAUUAUUGAAAUCUCAAGUAUCGGCGUCUCUUUCAUAUGAUUUAUCUGCGUUGGAGAUGGAGAAUGAAUCGAUUCAAGAUAUUUACUGUGAUGCACUCGAGACAUUGUCACAAACAGAGUCUCUUUCGUUUGAUUGUAGAUUUGUUCGAUCAACCAAGACUUCUUUAACUGAUUCACAAACUCGGGAUUUCAUGAUGAGAAGAUUCUUACCGGCUGCAAAGGCUAUGGUUAUCGAUGCUCCCCCUCAAUACGUUUCUCAAAAGCAUUCACUCGACCAACAGAACAAGAUUGAUGAAGAAAGAAUAUCUCUAAUCAAACAAAAUCAACAAGUGAAAGAUUCAGAAACUGUUGAAGAGGAUGAGGAUGAUGAGGAUGAGGAUGGGGAUGAUUGUGUUGAUGCCAUCAAGAAGCCAGCCAAAAUUCGCGGCUUAUUCGCUAAGUUUUGUUUGAGGAAUUCUCUAUGCCUGUUGAAUCCAUCCUCGGGCAUGAAAUCGAAGAAGAAACAUGUACCUACUUCUUCUUCUCCAGCUCCCGCUAAAGAAGUUGUUAGCAGGAUGUCUAGAAGCUCAUACAGUGGACCUUUGCCUCGGUUGAAUAAUCCUCUUGGUUCUAAACUGCCAGCAUCUGGAAAUAGAAUGAGUUUCUCUGGUGAAUUGUUGAGAAAUCAAUCAAUGUUUCGUGGCGUGCCUAAGAUUGUUCGUAAAACAUCAACAACAACUCCCUCCUCGUUUGAGAAAAUGUAUGGCUUAGACCACCACUCUCUCUCGAUGAUGCGCUCAUCGCAUGAAUUGGAGAAGAAGAAAAAGAGCAAUGUGUGUUACCCCACAGAUGAAAUUGAAGAAGAAAUGUUUGGUCAAGAUUAUAACAUAAACAUUAAAGAUUCAGUUGCAGUUGCAGUUGGAAACGACGAUAAUGGGAAAAGCCAGAACCAAUUAGGUUCUUCGGGUGGGAAAGUUGAUCAUGAUGAAGGUCGGAAAUCGUCGUCAAAAGAAGUUUUGCAAGACGAGACUAUAAUGAAUUGUUCGCCAUUGACACCUCCAUUACCAAAAUCGCCAUCUGAAUCUUGGCUUUGGCGGGCGAUUCCUUCCAUUUCAUUGAAGAGCCCCUUUCAGCACCAUACAAAAAAACAGAACGGUAGAUUGUCAACCAGCAGUCCCAAUUGGGAAACCAUUGUCAAAACCUCCAACAAACACCGUGAUCAUGUCCGCUAUUCCGAGGAGUUGAUUCCUCGCAUUUCUCAACACUCCAAAGCUUAGAACUUAGAGGAAGAAGCAACAGAGAUUCUUUUAGAAAUUAAAUUUUCUUCAUUUUGAUUCUUAUAGGUACUUUUGUAAGUGUGUGUAUUUUGUCACUCAUUAUCUAACUUUGAUGAUGUCCAAAAUAUAUUAGAAUUUGUUCAUGUUGAAUAAUUAUG